CCGUUGCCUCGCUCGUUCGCUACGACCAUCAUCAUCUUCUACUGCCAAACAGGAGCAUCAUGGCUUACAGACGACGAGGAAACAAAAUCAAGGGCGUCCAGUUCACCAUCAUGGUCGUUGGCGCCUCCGGAACGGGCAGAACGACUUUUGUUAACACCCUUUGCGAAUCUGGAGUCCUGUCUCACAAAAUAUGCGACGAUCCUCACAAUGCCCACGUCGAGGAGCCCAUCCGAAUCAAGCCUCACAACGUCGAACUCGAAGAAGAUGGCAUACGAAUUGCCCUCACCGUCGUUGAUACGCCAGGAUUCGGCGAUAACAUUGACAAUGAGUCUGCGUUUCAAGAAAUCGUCAAUUAUCUUGAGCGUCAAUAUGAUGACAUUCUGGCAGAGCAGUCUCGUAUCAAGCGUAACCCAAGGUUCAAAGACAGUCGAGUUCACGCCUUGCUGUAUUUCAUCCCACCCACCGGCCAUGCAUUGAGGGAAAUGGACGUAAUGCUUAUGCAAAGACUCUCUCCCCGUGUCAACGUUAUUCCCGUCAUUGGACGUGCGGACUCUUUAACAAUGAGCGAACUAAGGGCCUUCAAGAAGAGGACCAUGGAAGACAUCGAGCAUUACGAUAUUCCAAUAUACAACUUCCCCUAUGAUGUUGAGGAAGACGAUGAAGAUACCAUCCAAGAAAACAUGGAGCUGCGAGCCAUGCUUCCUUUCGCGGUGAUUGGGUCAGAAGAGGAAAUCGAACUUGACGGGGAACCCGUGCGCGCCAGGGUGUACCCAUGGGGCAUCGCUGAGGUCGAUAACCCUCAGCACUCAGACUUUUCACGACUGAGGAGCGCGAUCUUGAGCUCUCACCUCGGCGACUUAAAGGCGCUUACCGAAGAUGUCCUCUACGAGACUUACCGAACAGAGAAACUGUCUCGCGGUGUUAACUCGGACGCCCGCGAUUCGAGCCUACUUCCUGAGGAUCUUGCUAGCCAGAGUGUACGUCUAAAGGAGGAACAGCUUCGCCGUGAAGAAGAGAAGUUGCGUGAAGUCGAGCUCCGUGUGCAACGUGAGAUCAACGAGAGGAGGCAACAACUUCUGGCAAAAGAGGAGUCCCUUCGAAACCUGGAAAGUCGUCUUGCUGCGGCAAGCUCUCCCAACUCUCCGUUGGCUCCAUACUGAAGUCGAUACUUAAGAACUGUCGGACCUUUAUACCUUCUCUAUACCCUUUAUGUUUCUCAUCUCUUUUUUUCUAAGUACUGCUCUUUAUCUGUAUUUCAAUAUCAUUUGAGAUGUUACUUUCUAACUGUGCCGAGAAUUGGGACAUUCUGAGCUUGGGCAAAUUUGACGUGAAGUAAUCGUUUUUGGUUGCCUAUCUCAAGGUGUUGUAUGUAGGCGUAGGACAAC